CAAAUUUUGAAGCGAAGGUCUUUAUGAACUUAUGUUAUCCCAAUGAAGCCUGCUCUCGAGUCUGAACCUACCGAAUCUUGAUUGCAUGCCUUAUCACUGGCCCAUUCCAUGACGUGGGGACCUUCCUGGACCGUUUGGCUCAGUGAAUGACCGUAUGCCAUAAGGCUUCGCUGAACAUCCAUCACACCCACUGUGCCGCUUCUCUGCACCAGCCAAGAUGGCAGACUUUGCAUCGUCCGCUUCAAGUAGUUGCAUUGCUAGCGGCUCACACAAUCUGGAUGGAGAGGUGUUUGAUAUCCAAACUACUGUCCCCAGCCUAGGCGAUGGAGGCGAGAAUAGUGUUCUCAUAGAAGUCAUACACGAGGUUGAUCUUUUGCAGGAGGAGGCGGAGCAUUUUGUUCAGCACGUGGAGCGCCAGUUGAAGAUGCUUCGCUCUUUGAUUCAUACCAACAUUGCCCGAUUCCAAGAAUGGACAGUGAAUCUGGAGGAUAAGACCUGGCUUCGUGCGAGAGUUACCUAUGCUGGUUGUGAGGGUGGGAAAGUGAUGGAAUAUCUCAGCACAAAUGCGAAUGCGGAUCGCCAAAGAUUGAUUCUUGGAAUUUCCCGAGGGCUUUCAUAUCUUCAUUCUAACCAUAUUGUUCAUGGGAAUCUUAAUCCAAGUAACGUCCACAUCGGUUACGACGUCGGUGACAAGGAUCCCAUUCCUCGAAUCAAUGGCUUUGGAUUCUCGUACGCCAUCAGAGAUGAAUCCGUCCACCUCAAAGUUGAGGGUGCGUGCUUUGUAUCCUUAAGAUAUGUCCCCCCAGAAAUUCUGGCUGGAGACGAAGUCCCAUACGACCGACGAGGUGACGUUUGGUCCCUUGGAUGCACGCUGUCACAGAUACUUCUUGGCAGACGUCCUUAUGAGGGUAUCCGCAACGAAUACCACCUUCUAUUCACAGUUAUGGACCCCUAUGAGUGGGGCUCUCCGGAUCCCUUCUAUGAAGCAUUCCAGAGGUGCCUUGCACGCGAACCUUCUCUACGUCCCUCCACCAGUGAUGUUGUAGAAAGUUUAGAAUUGGCCAUUGCUUCAGGAACAAAUCGCAAGCUUCUUGAAGUGGGUGAACACAAUAUCAUGAAUGAAUUUCAAAUUGGAGAUAGAUUCAAGUCUAAUAUGGGGACCUAUGCUGCUGCAUCUUUCACAGAUGCCAUCAAUAAUUUUGCAUGGCAAAAUAAACUCUCUAUUGAUUGGGUAUUCUAUGAGAGCAUUGGCCAUGGGCCUGUGACUCUAUUGUGGACAUGCACAUGCAUUAUAGGUGGUCAGAGUUAUGUUGGGAGUGCUUUCCCUAGCAGGAAAGAUGCCAAAAAUGAUGCCAGUAAGAUGGCCUGCAUUUGUUUGGGGGUUGUGCCCUAGCUAUUUGUGAGGCUGGUUUGGGUGGUGUGUUAUAGAAAUGGGAAUUUCCCAUUUUAGACUCUUAUGGGCCCUGUGCACAGCCCUUAUCACAUGUUUUGUAUAAUAUUGAAUGUUAUCCAAUGAAUUACAACCAAAAACCU